GUCAGACUUUAUCCUAUAAGAUUGUGAGAAUGGAUGAAAAUUGCCCAGUUAGAACAUGAAGAUCCUCAAAUUGUGUACAACAAGAAAAGGAUUUGUGGUGCACAUUUCACAAGCGAUUGUUUGAGUCCUGGGACUAAAAGAUUGAACUGUAAUUCAUAUCCUACAUUAAAUAUACCGGCAGGUUUAUUAAAACAGAUAGGUGUUACAAAGUGUAGUCAUUUGACAUCAAAAUGUAAAAAAUUGUAUAUUAUUGCCAAUCAAUUGGUGAAAAAAUGAAGGCUAGAUGGAAGUAGAAAACAACUUUUUAAAAGGAGGUUACAAGCAGCAGAAACUUUGUCAGAUAAAUUACUUUCCAAAAUGACACCUGCGGCUUCCAUGUUUACACGACUACAAGUACGGGAAACGCAGAAGAAAAAAUGUUGAGUCUGACGUUAUUCAAAAAGAGCCCCAAGUGUUACAGAAUACUGUCAAAGCUAUUCACUCUACCUAGCAAAAGAACACUUAAUUUAAUCCUUUCUAGUGUUUCAAUCCGUCCUGGAAUCAGUCAUGAGUUUGGUCAUGAGUGUUUUGAAAGAAAAUGUAAAAAAACAAACCAAUCGAUAGGUAUUGUUCAAUCCUUUUUGAUGAAAUAAGUCUAAGUAGUGGUAUUCAGUAUACACYAUCAACAGAUGUGAUUGAUGGAUUUGUUGACUCUGGUACCUAUAAAAAUCAAAGCUUAGCUGAUCAUGCGCUUGUUUUUAUGGUCAGAGGGAUUAGAAAGAAGUUUAAGCAACCGAUAUGUUAUACAUUUUGCCAAGCAGCCACCAAACAAAAUGAGCUGGUGCAACUGUUGAAAGAGGUUAUUCGUGAAGUACACAGAACUGGGUUAGUUAUUGUUGCCACUAUUUCUGACCAAGGACGAGCAAAUGAAGGAGCAAUUAAAAUAUUGAAUGCAGAAACUAGGGAAUAUUGUAUAAGACAAAGUAAACUGUAUAAAGAUGAUUUUUAUGAGGUUGAAGUUGAUGACGAAAGGUUACAAAUUGUUCAAAAAUCCUUCCUCGUUUGUCAGAUAAACACGUUAUUCCUGAAAAAAUAACUAAAAUGAAAGUGAAAUGUGCCACACAGGUAUUCAGUCAUUGUGUAUCUGCGGUUAUGAAUUUCCUUGCUACUCAAAAUAUUAUUGAUUCUGAUGCUGUUGAUACUGCAACACUUCUAUUAUUUUUUGAUAAGUUGUUCGAUUCAAUGAAUGGUUCUUUCGAUAAAGUAGUUAAUGGCAAAAUUUAUAGAACUGCAGUAAAGACAAAUUCUGUUCACCAUAAUCUAUGGGAAAAAAGUCUACCAAUUCUAUUAUCAAUGAAGUUUGUGGGAAAAAAUAUGAAAACUGUUAGUGUUCCAACGUUAAGAAACUGGAUAGUCACCAUCAGAGGUUUCCAAUACCUAUCAAAAGUGUUAAAUGUGUAAGGAUUGAAGUCAUUGUUGACCAGAAAUUUGAAUCAAGAUCCACUGGAAAACCUUUUUGGUGCAGUCAGAAGUCUUGGUUGUACUAAUCCCACUUGUGCAUCAUUCAUUCAAUUGUAUAAAACGUUAAUGCUCAACAACUUGAUAUCACCACAUUCACUUGGUGCCAACUGCGAGGAAGAUCUUACUGACGGUACUUUGACAAAUUAUAAAAAUUUAUUUUCUUCUCAACAUGCCAUAAAUUAUACUCGACAAACUUUAACUGCUGAUUUACCCAGACCUUCUCUACCAAUUCUCAGUGAAAAUAUCGAAUAUUUAAGGCAAUUGACACAUUCCUAUAUAUCGGGUUUCAUAAUAAAAAAAUUAAUUUGAGAUGUCUUAAAAGGUUGUAAAAAAUAAUGUGUACUGAUCAAUUAUCAACAGAACAUCAGCUGA